UAUUGUUCUUGAUCAAAUGAUGAGUUUCUAUGCUGGAAGAGGCAGAGGUCAGAUGAACAAUGGUGGGAGAGGUAACUUUGGAGAAGGAAGAGGUAAUUUUGGUAGAGGCAGAGGUAAUGGUAAUGGAGGAAAUGGUAAUUUUCAGGGAAAUGGUAAUUUUGGAGGCGGCAGAGGUAAUGGUAAUCGUGGAUAUGGUAAUGGAGGAAAUGGUAAUUUUGGUAAUUUUGGAGCAGGCAGAGGUACUGGUAAUGGAGGAAGUGGACAUGUUGUAUGUCAGUUUUGUGGCACUGUUGGUCACACUGCUAAGACUUGCAAGAACAUUACCAACAAUGCAGGUGCUUCUUCAAGCACACAAGUGGAGUGUCAGUACUGUGGAAGAACUAAUCAUACUGCAGAUAGAUGUUACUGGAUUAUUGGUUUUCCAAAUCAACAGCAACAACAAUCUCCAAGUGACAACAUCUUUGCUAUGCUUGCAGCAGCUGUUCCUGCAUCUCAACAAUUCUGGUUAGCCGAUUCUGGUGCAACCAACCAUAUGACUUCUGAAAUUCAAUUGCUCAACAAUGUGGCUCCAUACACUGAUGGUGAUUCUGUGCAAGUUGGUAAUGGACAAGGUGUUGGGCAGAAUUCUGUACAAAGGACUGAGUAACAAUGGUGUCU